AUGUCAACCUGUUGCAUAUUUCUUCGAGCCGAAAUUAUGGAACAGUUGACGACAAUCGGCCGCUUCGUGGAAAGUGAACAGAAGUCACUUAGACACCCGGUGCGAGACGGUCAAAGUGCAGCAGUAUGGAUACAACAGCUUGAACCGUACCUACCCUCAGACCUGCGCGACGGAGCAACGAGUAAGGACAUUACCACAAAUCCGCCAAAGAAUACCGAGACGUUGGACUCUGAGGGUGAGGGUGAGAGUAUUGCAACUAUUUUAGGUCGUGCACGCCGAUUACAAGGCUGGGAUUUGCUUGCAUACCUUGGAUUCACACUACAAAGAUGGCCCGCUGUCUACGCACUGAUUACGAAGAUGCUUGAUGCAACUGAAAGGCUACAAGAAACGUUACAAUCUUUGGAAGGAACACCAUCCAACCUUCAAUGGGAUCUUCGGGAUGCGAAGCUGGGAGGGAAAGGCUCUGUUGUGACUGGCUUCAAAAAAUCUGCGACGUCCAUCUCCAUGGAAGCUUUUACAGAUGAGCCGCGGCACAGUAUGGCAAAUUCGGCUAUUAUGGGAGAAAUAUGGCAGAGUUUAGGGUUCAUCGUACUGGCCGCUGCGAAUAAAACAGCACAGGAGUCCGGGCUCGCUAUGUCAUAUGUAUAUCGGACGCUUGCUCACCUUCACGAGUCCGGGAACAUUCCGGAUGCGAUAUAUAAAUUUACGAGUCGUUCUGACAAUGGGAGUCUAUACCGACCGCCGGCAAUGUACUUGUUAUCUACACAUAUUAUGAAUGUCCUGUCAGAUGCAGCGUGGCUGGUCCACGAGGCGGAAGUGAGGGAAAAAGCACAAGCCGCUGGCGAAGAUUCACCAUUUCGCUCCUUCAAGAUCGGUAUCCGCCAUUUGGGUCCCGAGAUCUGGCUGGAGUUUAUUCUUUGGGCCUGUGUUGAGCAGGGCCAUAUAAAGGAAGGCCUAUGGAUCCUCAAGCAUUUACAAGGGAGCAAUUAUGGCGCAGCAUGGAAGAUUGUGUCAUGGAGCCCACUUCUAGACCAUCUCAAAAUAAUCAAUAAUACCAAUAUUGAUAAACACGACUUUUGGCCACAUCCCGACAUUCCUAGAACGCCUGAAGAACUUCAGAGCAAGUCUGGCUUUUUUCAUGGCUUGGGAAGGUUGACUAUCAGCGCCGAGGUCUUCACAGCUCUAACAACUCAAGCUGCGAGCUAUGUGAAUAAUGAUCUUAGGUCUGAUAAUUCUGACGUUGAAGAUUUGAUUCAGCAGCUUGCAUCUGUGAACAAAAUGAAGCCGUCAUACAUUGACAAGGAGGCCGCAAGCCAAAGCACUGGUACUUACCAUAUUGUCCCAUUGCUGGAAUCGCAUAUUUCAGAAUCUGGGAUGCGACCAGAAUGGCUGGAACAUGUUCUCACUGUUUUGCCGCCGCCUAUUCCUCCUUGGGAUGAUGCUAUUCCCACCGAUCAUCAACGACUUUCUGCAUUGGAUGAACACGAUAUACGCGGCGCCUCGUCUCUGUACGCUGGAUUACUACAGCAGAACUUACGACUAUACACGCAGCACCAGCAGGUUGAAAAGGCAAUGAAGACUUUCAAUUCGUUGCUCGAAAUCAUUGACUCCAGCAAAAUCGAUCGCAUACAGGAGUUUUGGGGCAAAGAAAAGGAGAACGAAGAAGCACACCAGUCAGAAUCGAUAUUACCGGAAACCUCGGUUCUGAUUGAUCAAUCUCCGAUCCCGACUUUAUCGAAUGGCACUCUAGCCAAUCUUUUGGACCUGAUCAGGGUCAGUAAAGCUAAUGAUUUUGGCGAAUGGCUUCUCUUUUCAGAGGAUCCGGAUGGGCCUAUCAUUUCUUUUGAAUCAUACGGUGAUCAGAGCUUGGCUCCUUCCAUUCUACGAUUCGCUACAGCGACAGGCAAUCAAGGACUUGGUGAUCUUGUCGUCCAGCGACUACAAAAGCCUAUUUCACGUAACACGUUCAAUGCAAUUGCGAAUUUCUAUAUUGCAUUUGAGCGAUGGAAGGAAGCUGAAGAUAUUCUCGAACUCUUGACUCAACAUAGACGGAAAGCAUGGGGUGAAACCACUCUCGCCACAUUAACAUCUGCUCUCCUGCGUUUGGAACAACAAAUUUGGGAGAAGCCAUGGGAGCAAGAACUCGAAAGAUCCCUCGCACACGUUCGGAUAUUGUUGCGCCGUUUCCUCUUGGGCUAUUACAACCCCGAAAGAGUGUUCCAUGAGGAUGUCAAUAUGUACUAUAAAAAAACCAUUUAUCGGUGGCAUGGCCUACUCUUAUCGAUUCCUGGUGCUGUGGCCCAAGUUGCCAAUGAAGUGAAACCUGCAUACACCAAUCCGCAGAAACGGGAUAUACUCCCUUUUAUCCCAUGUGUGGCAUUCAAUCUUGUACUUAGUGCUGUCGUGGAAACACGCGGCAGCCAAGCUGGAAUGGACAUGUGGAAAAAUUGGUGCAUAGACAUUGAGCGAUCACAUGCAGCUCGCCUCGCCGAAGAUGAGACAUAUCGCUUGCAAAAGAGCGGCGAUCCGAUUACGGAGGAACUCGACAUCGAGUUCGACUGGGUGUGGCAUCGUGAGAGGCAGCGUAAAGCGGUUGUUCCGAACUUGAAUACGUUACGAAUCAUCAGCAGAGCAGCCGUGAAGGAAUUGAAGGAAUCUCAAGCAGAUGCGCCAGACAAGAGAACAAUGUCGCCUUCACAGCAACAGACCAGAGACCAGAUCUACAAGGUACUUGACUUCUGUGUAGAGCGUUAUCAGCGGUUCAACAGAGACAAGUAUGAGAUUGGUCGAGAAACGAGCGGUCAUUUGAAAAGAAUCAGGAUGUGGCAGUCGAGGAAGAGAAAGAAUAUCGUUCGAUGGGUUUAUGCGGAUAUUGGCCAAGAAAACGAUCAUCAUAACAUGGAAGACUUGCUGGCCGAUAAUGAAGACGAAGAGAAAGAUGAGAGUGAUUGAAGAGGAUUUGUGGCAUUGGCUCGGUCACCUCCCGUGUAUCAUAAGCAUGUGGCACUUUAGUAUUUGUGUAUAUAGGUAUUAGGACGAGCUGAAGUUCACAUGUAUUAUUAUAGUUGCAAUAGACUUAUAUACCCCGUUAU